AUGUAUGAGGACAGUGGCUAUGCUGAGAAAGCAAACGAUCUAAAUACAUUAAACGUGUACGCAGUUUUCGCGGCAUAUGCUGUUUCAGAACCAAACGUCAUUGUAGUGCGAGAGAGUGGAACCGGUGUGCCUCGUCCAUUAUCGACAAAACCACUCACUGAUACCGUGCAGCACAUUGCUAUAGUCCGAAACUCACUCUGCGAGGCCGUCCAUUACAUCAACAUGAGUUAUGGUCUUUCAUUAGUCUUGUUGGUGAAGUCUUUACUGAUCGAAGUAAUUUUCGACUUGUACUUAGCUAUUUUUGAAAGAAAUAAUCCAAUUCCUCGCGGCUCUCCUAUCGUUUACUUUGAAUUCAUGCAAUUUGUUUGGUUCUCUCUACACUUUGUGUCUCUGUUUAUUUUAGUAGAUUCGAGCAACCGUACAACGGAAGAGGGCAAUAAGACCGAGAGCAUCAUAAAACGUAUGUUGCUAGAGUCCCCCCUCAGAGGGCCCCUCGCGUCCCGCCUGGAGCUGUUCUCGCGCCAGCUGAUGCUGCAGCGCGUCGGGUACAGACCACUGGGGCUCUUCUCCCUCAACCGGACUCUUGUUGUUUCCAUUCUUGGAAUAAUAAUGACUUACCUGGUCAUUCUACUGCAGUUUGAAAACAAUUGA